AUGAACUCACAGAGUGAUGCCAGCAAGUUCAAUGUCCUCGCGGCAACCGAGGUUAUCAAGGCGGGCAUUCUUUGGACCGACAUCAGCGAGGGCCUGGCACCCCGGAACGACACCCCUGCUACGACACCGAUUCAUAUCAAGACCAUCAUAACGCACUGGAUGACUGUACUGUGCCAUAUCAAGACCAUCGGCAAGGGCAACCUCCUAUCCCUAAAGAGGAUCAGCACGGCAUGGAAGGAGGUCGAAGCAGCUCUCCUUAAAAGCAUGAAAACUGCAGGCACCCCGUCUCCGGUGGAUGUGGACAUGGAGUGGAGUCCACCGGAGGGCCAGGCAGAAAUGCAGUGGAGCCCCGACAAUCUAACAGGUGACGGCGACUCAGGCGAUGUCAGGGGCAACGGCGGCACAGCUGUGCAGGUGACGGAUCACCUGGACACAUUGGGACGGAUGGAGAGGUGGAGAUCCGUAUUGUUGCCACUGAAUAAGCAACGGUUGGCGACGGAGGUGCAGUGGCGGUGGACAUGGAGUGGAGUCCGGAGUCCGCCGAAGGGCCAGGCGGAAAUUCAGUGGAGCCCCGACAACCUAACAGGUCUCAAUCCCCAAAACCUCCAGGGGCAUAAGUGUGUGCACUACUAGUAAUGCCUGACCCCAUACAUAUCUCCACAUGCCACCAAUCAAUCUAUUACAGCUUACAAAGGUUGUCAACGCCAGCAACCUGCUGCAUGCCUGCUAACCCACCGCCUUGUGCUUCCCCAGCAGUCUCUUCUGUGCUGGCCCCUGCUGGCCGCCUUUGCGCCCAGCUUGGCUGCUUCUUUCACUGCACCGCCCUGGCAGCUUAACAAGCUUGUUUCACUGCAGCAAGCUCAGCCCACUGUAACACCAGGCAAAGAGUACUCAGGGAGAUGCCAGGGGAGCUGAUCCCUUCUUACAUUCCUCCCCCCUCGAGCAAACAUCCUUGGGCACCCCCGGGCAUACCCUGUAGGAUUGUUUGUUGGUUAUUGUGACAUUUCGCCAGCCCCCAUCCGAGAUGGAGGCCUUUGUUUUUACUCAGCUGGUAGACUUCUCGCCCACCCGGGCAUCCACCUUUGGGGUAAGCUUAAGAGUAUGCUGCAUCAUGCC